UUUGCGGGGCUGGCCGGGAAGCAGGGCUCCUUAACUCGGUCGGGGUCCGGCCUGGCCCGGGAAGGGCCCCUCUGGCCCAAGCCUGUCGGUCGUGGCCUGGCCGUUUGCUUCCCGUUGGAGGGCGGGCAGGCCGGUGUGGAGCCCGUGACCAGAGCAGCCCCGGGACGCCUGCUGAGGAGCCAGCGGCUGUUAGCGGGCUGCUCUCCUCUUCCCCACUUGCGUUUUCCCUACUUUCUACUUCCAGGCUUUGAGUAACACAAAGGUUGUUCACCAUGGAUCUCUGUCUCUGGCUACACUAAUCUGGGAAGCUUGUCCUCUUCCCGUAAUAAUGCUAUUGAUGGCUUUCAGGUAGAUGAGAUGCUGCAUGCUGGCCAUGGCUUUCAGGGAAGUGAAUGCAAGAAGGCAUGUUGGACUUCAGCAGCUUUCAUCCUUAGCGUUAGUUGGAAGAACGCUACUGGGGCCAAUGAAGUCAUGCAAAUUUGUUGUGGACGAAAGCACCAACCAGAGCGUGUUGACUUGUUCCGCAGUUAGACUGAUCGAAAGUUUGGAUUUAAGUAGUGCUGCUGGACAGCUUCUUAAUGAAACCGUUCAGGCACAAAACAAGGAAUUUAAAACUGGCACGAGUACCCUGUUGUUUCUUGUUGGCGCAUGGAGCAAUGCCGUGCUAGAGUGCCUCCAGCAGAAUGUUCCUGUUUCAGUAAUAGUAUCCGUGAUGUCUGAGGGGUUGAACUCUUGCUGUGAGAAAGUUCAGUGUCUUCAACUAUCAAUACACGAUGUAAAUAAAGAGCUAUGUUGUAGCAGUGUUAGGACAAGCAUUUUUGAAAACAAAACUUCCCAGAUUGGAUCUAAUAGUAUUCUAAAUCCUCCAGUGGAUUUUCAGAAAGGCAUUUCUGCAUCAGAAGAAGUUGUUCCAAGAAAUCCUCAUUCCCAUCCAGAAGAUGGUUGUAAUUUCAGUAACAGCUGUCUGGUUUCAACUUUGACAGGCUUUGGUUCGAUAGCUUCCCUCGUCAAACCAGUGGAUGACAAAAGUAAAUCUGUGAUUUCUGGAAGCGGUGUUAUCCUAUCCAGCUGUAACAAACAAAAAUUAAGUCACAGUAGAUACUUCAGCACUCUAGCAAAAAGCAAUUUUUCAAGUCUGUCAGGCAAUUUUGAGGGUUAUCUCUCAGGACAGUCAGCAUAUCCAUGUGAAUGUAGUGGUUUUGGACACCUGGCAAUGGCUCUGAGCCAUGGAAACCGGACUAACGUGAAACUGCUACAGAACAUUGUUGCCUAUCAACAACAGGGAGCUGAGUGCAGUGGUUCUUCCCGCUUUAACAUCACAGAAAUUGCAACGUGCUGUUUACUGGGCCUGCCUGAAAGUUAUUCUUGUGUUUGCCCAGGCUUUAUCACACUAGUGUCACCAGAACAAGCCACAGUUACCAAAUACCUUCAGGGCAAACCCCUUUGGAUUCUGCUGAUGGAUGGUGACCUAACUGAACAGUAUGGCCACUUAGGUUUUAACAGGCCACGUAAUGUAAGGACCAUAUUGGAGCGUCCAAGCCUACAAGAUGGCAGAUCAGGAGACUUGUGGCUAAGCAGCGUGUUAGACACGCUAAGACGUUUUGAGGUAAACUUGAUUUUGGUUAGAGGAAACGUGUGUGAAAAAUUGAUGGAAAGAUGCAUUGCAAACAACAUAUUGGUAAUUGGUUCUGUGACUCGCAAUGUGUUAGGUGUGUUUGGGGAGGUCACCAGUGCCCAGCCACUGACAUACCUCGCUCAGCUGAAUGCCCGUUACCUAGGGAGGGGGGCCCAGGUGGAGUUGUGGAGGGCUUGUGAUGGGCAUGCGGUUGAGCUGGGUGAGCUUGUGCCAGUCAGGAUAAAAGUGCAAGGAAUUCCCCUGCUCACAGCCAUGCUCACUACUACCGUAGCGUCAAAGAUGCAGCUCAUUGAAGACCAGUUCUGGACAUUUGUGUAUCGACUCCAUCAUGCUUUAAAUGAAGGGAAGGUUUUUCUUGGUGGUGGUGCAGUUGAGCUCUUAUGCCUUAGUCACAUUCAGAUGCUUGCAGAACAGUCUUUAAAGCCAGCAAAUACAAAUGCUGAGAGAGAGUUUCAUAAUCCUCUUUGGCCGGCAGCAUCUUCGACCGAGUAUAGAUCAGUUGUGCUCCGAGCAUUAGCAAGUGGCUGGAGCCAGUUUCUUUCAGCAGUUUUGUGUAACACUGCAAAAGCCACUUCGGGGUUUGAAGCACAUACCUUAAUUAAAUGUCACCUCAAAAAGGCAGCUGACUAUGGCUCUCCCUCAGCGUAUGUAUUGAAAGAGUUUAGAAGAGUUGGUAUGGUCCAGGGAGGUUCUGAUCCCUUCACUGAUCCCAGGGAGGGUUUAAACGUUUAUGAUAAUGUUACAGCCAAAACGGAGGCAUGGCGGAGAGCUCUAGACUUGGUGUUGCUAGUGCUUCAAACAGAUGCUGAAAUUAUCACGGGUCCCAAAAGGAAUCAGCUGUUACACUCGCGUGUGUCAAGUGAAUUUCUGUUUUUAUAGGACUUGCAGUUUGCAGGCUUUAUUUAUGAGUCCAUGAGUUGAUGGAUAGAAAAUUUCAGGUAAAAUCAACAUUUCUGCAUAGUUUAUAAAGCAAGCACUUAGAUGGGGUUAUGAUUUUAGUGUUUAACAGCAGAAAUCAGCAUGUGAAACAGUCACAAGCUAGAUCUAAUUUCCUGUUUCUAGAGGUGGGAAUUAAAUAACAAAAAUCACUUGUGUGCUGGCCCCUAACCCCAGCUGUGCAUUUCCAAAUAAUGAUAUGUGGAUAGAUAAAUCCAGUCACACUGACUUCUCUCACCUUAUUUAGCAGAGCAGAUGUGCAGUUCUCUUUUCAUUAUCACCUACCCACCCACUGGGCAGCUGAGUAUCUGUCCAGUCUAGUUGGAAAAAAGUUUGAUACCUUGGAUACGCUUACACGCUGAACAUGUGCUGCCUGUAUAAUGUAUUUGGAUUUGUGUACUGUGAGUAAAUCAUUCAUAUUUAAUGUCUGCUAAAGGAAGGCAGGGAGUUCUUAAAUAAUGUUGGCAUACUUAUGUAUGUUAAAUGAGAGUAUAUAUGAAGAUGUAAUUCAUAAUUGUUUAUUAAUAUCUUGCUCUCAGGUUUUGUACACUGCAAGUGUAAGAGUUAACUUUUGAGUGUUACAUUUCAUAAGUGAUUGGAUUAUUAGGUCCUACUUUUGCAUGCUUAUAUAAGCCAUGUUUAUGUUGAAUAAAAUAUACCUUUUGGAAUGUCUCAACUCUUGAUACAA